AAAAUUAUGCGCAACUCUGCGUUUCCUUGCUGACGGUGGUUAUCAAAAAUGCAGUGGAAAUGAUUUUAACAUUGGGUUGGCGCAAGCUACGAUAUCUUUAGUAAUUAAAGAGGUUCUAAAUAUAAUUGAACAACGUAUUUGUGCCCAAUGGAUUAAAAUUCAAAUGACUGAGGAGGAGCAAAACGCUUCAAAAGUUUCAUUUUAUUCAAAAAGUGCUUUCCGGGAGUAGUUGGUUGCAUCGACGGAACUCAUGUUCGCAUAAUUUCACUAAGAAGAGAAGUGCAACAUCUUUAUCUUAACAGAAAGGGCUACUACAGUUUAAACGUGAUGAUUCUUUGUGUUUAUAAAAUGUCUAUUCGGUAUGUGGAUGCUAGGCAUGCAGGCGCAAAUCAUGACUCUUUUGUUUUCAAUGUUAGCGAUUUGAAAGUGCAUUUACAGAAAAACAUACAGAAUAACACUUGGAUCUUGGGCGACGCUGGCUAUCCUCUGCACAAAUUUUUAAUGACGCCUUAUCGCUUGGCGGAAGCUUCUUCACCCCAAGCACGCUACAAUACAGCACACUCAAAGGCCCGGAAUAUUGUAGAGCGGACAAUUGGUGUACUCAAGAGUAGAUUUCGAUUUCUUUUAUCUGUACGACGUUUACAUUACACUCCCGAAAAGGCUACGCAAAUUGUGAAUGCUUGUUGCGCAUUGCACAAUAUUUGCCAACACUUUCAAGUGGAAUCUCCGGAAGAAAUACCAUCUACUUCACAUACUACAAUGACCAAUGAUAUUUUGGACAUAGAAAGAGAAGAAGAGGAUACGGCUCGAAUAAUUCGCAAUAAUUCAUUCAAAUAUUCAUUUAUUAUUUCUAAUGUGCUAUUUAUUCAGGCAUAUAUUUAAAUUUUAUUUAAAUAAAUUCAUUAAAUAACAA